AUGCCGCAGGAGGCGUCUAAGAUCUCAGACCCCGACGCGACCGCCAAAGCAGCCGCCGAGGCUGUCGCCGAGUCGAGCGCACAAGAUGCGCACAUCGAAUCCGCCGAUGAGAGCGAAGAGGAGGAAAUUGUAGAUGGAGCUACGGGCGCGACAGAGAAGAAGAAGAAGAGCCGGAAGCGGAAGAUCAAGGAUGCUCUCAGCGGCAAGGGCAAGGCGCCCGCGAUCGAGUCUACAGAUGCGCCAACUGCUGGAGCACACCUCAAUAAAGACCAGCUAAGCAUGCUGUUGGACGCGAACCCCGCUCUGAAGAACCAAUUACUUGCGAACAAGGGCAAUCAGAGCUUAGAGGAUAUGCUCAAGAAGGUCAGCAUGAACGAAAUGCUUACGGGUCUCGCACCGCAAGCCAAGAACGUGAAGGAUAUGGGCAGCCAUCAGUUCUGGAAGACACAGCCGGUGCCGAGCUUCGACGAGAUGAUGGCGGGCAAGGACAAGAUUGUAGACGGUCCGAUAAAGGAUAUCGAUAUUGCGCGAGUACCCAAGGAGCCGAGUGAGAUGUACCCAGGCUUCAAGUGGGUGACAAUGGACCUCGAGGAUGAGAAGGAGCUGGAGGAGGUCUAUGAGCUGCUAUCAAACCAUUAUGUCGAGGAUAACGAGGCCAUGUUCCGAUUUCGGUACUCUCCUUCCUUUCUGAACUGGGCCCUGAAAGCACCUGGCUGGAAGAAGGAGUGGCAUGUUGGCGUACGUGCCGAGAAAUCUGGAAAGCUUGUUGCAUUCAUCUCCGGCAUUCCACUGCAGCUGCGUGUACGCGAUAAGGUUCUCAAUUCCUCGGAGAUCAAUUUCCUCUGCGUCCACAAGAAGCUGCGAGCAAAACGUCUCACUCCGGUGCUCAUCAAGGAAAUUACACGUCGAUGCUAUGUCAAUGGCAUUUUCCAGGCUGUGUAUACCGUCGGUUCUCUCCUUCCUACGCCAGUCUCCACGUGUCGUUACUACCACCGCGCCCUUGAAUGGGAAAAGCUGCAUGAUGUUGGCUUCUCACCCCUACCGCAUAACAGCACAAAGCAGCGCCAAGUGGUCCGAUACAAGCUGCCAGAAAAUACUCUUCAACCCGGCGUUCGCGAACUCAAACCUGAGGAUACCGAUGUUGUACUAGACCUACUCCAGCGGUACCUCAAACGCAUGGACAUGGCGCAGGAGUUCACCAAGGAAGAAUUUGAGCACUGGAUGUUCAAUCAGAAGGGCGCGAAGGAGCAGGUAGUAUGGGCAUAUGUUGUUGAGGACCCGAACACGAAGAAGAUCACCGACUUCUUCUCGUUCUACAACCUCGAGAGUACGGUCAUUGGGCACAAGAAGCAUAACCUGAUCAAGGCAGCGUAUCUCUUCUACUACGCCACGGAGAAGGCGUUCGGCAACGACCAGAAUGUGCUGAAGGAGCGCCUCAAUGAGCUCGUCAAGGAUGCUUUGAUCCUUGCGAAGCAGGCUGACUUCGACGUCUUCAAUGCGCUCACUCUCCUCGACAACCCACUCUUCCUUGAAGAACAGAAGUUUGGUGCCGGUGACGGCAAUCUGCACUACUACCUCUACAACUACCGCGCCGCACCUCUGGGCGGUGGCAUUGAUCAACAGAGCAGACCUAGCACGAAGACCAUGGGCGGAGUCGGAUUGGUUAUGCUGUAG